AUGGAAGAGAAAGACUCGGCCCGAGCUUGGUCCCAAGCGGCCACGCAAACUGAAGCGCCUCGGCGACAUGGUUCAACAAAGUGGCGCUUCCCAUUCGGAGGCCUGCUCGUGAGCCUCAUCGCCCUCGGCUAUUAUCUCACCAACCUCCGCUAUGUCCGCCACGACACCCAAACCCCCUUGACCGCGCCCAAGAGCGCUCCCUACGACCCCAUGGACCCCUGGUCAUCCAUCCCCCCCAGCACCAACCUAACCUUCCACCCCUGCUACACCUUCAUAAACCCCACCCUCCUCUGCGCCCGCCUCACCGUCCCCAUGGACUACUCCCGGCCCUUCCCCCCAUCCCCCAGCACCCUCGAUCAACAGCCCGUCCCGCAAGUCCACAUCGCCCUCCUGCUCCUCCCCGCCCCCCGCCCCCCGCCCCCCGACGCCAGACCCAAAGUCCCCUGUAAUCGUCAACCCCGGCAGAACCCGGCGAGCUCGAGCGUCACCCUGGCGCUGGCCGCGGGCGAGGCCUUGCAGGAUGUGCUGGGCUAUGACCAGCCCGUGCUGGAGUUUGAUCCGCGCGGGGUGAUGUUCACGACUCCGGGGGCGGAUUGUUGGUCGAAACCUUUGGACGAGCACUGUAAGUAUAGGUCUAGCAGUGGCGUUGGUAAUGGUAAUGGGGGUGGGGAGUGUGAUGAGGAGGGGGCGGUGGUGGCCGGGUUGAUGCAUCGGCUGCAGUGGCAGCAGGUGGGUUCGGCGUAUGGGUUGGUGAGUGGGGGCGGGCAGGCGAUGCUGAAUUGGGAGGUGGCGCAGCGCGGGGUCAGUCGGUUGUGUGCGGAGAAGGAUGGGAGGUUGGGGGGCGAGAGUGGGCUGCGGUGGGCGGGGACGAAGGAGGUGGUGAGGGAUAUGGUGACGAUCGUGGAUAAGUGGGAUGAGUGGGUGGAGAGGGAGGGGUUGCCGGAGAGGGAGCUCAAGGGCAAGUUGGUUUAUUGGGGGUUCUCGUAUGGCUCGUACUUGGGCGCGGCGUUCGCGAGGGCGUUUCCGGAGAGGGUGGGGAGGGUGUUGCUGGAUGGGGUGGUGGAUGCGGAGUUGUAUGAGGAGCCUGUGUGGGAGGAGAGCUUGGUGGAUGCGGAUAAGGUUCUGGGAGAGUUCUUUCGGUAUUGCGCUGAGGCAGGGGAAAAGUGUUUCCUGUACCGGGACGGGGAUCAGAAGGAGGAUGUGCAACGGAGGUAUGAGGCGACGAUGGAGGGCCUUCGGGCUAACCCCAUCAUGUUCACCCACUCAAGGUACUUUUACCCUGCCGUCGUCCGCCAUGAGAUGGUCAAGCAGUUGGUAUUCACGGCUCUGUACACGCCGAUCCAGGGGUUUCCAAUGGUGGCAUGGCUGGUGAAUUACAUCCACCAGGGCAACGACAAGUGGUUUCACGACAUGUUCCAGGAUGAGAAGCUCCUAUGUUCGAUGGGCGCAAAUCCCAUGGUUAUGCGCAUGAUGAACGACGCUCAGCGAGCCAUCAUGUGCAGCGACAAGUUGCAGCCGACCAACUACACUCUUGGUGACUGGGAGUCGGCCUACAAAUCCAUGGCCUCGACCUCGCAGUUUGCCGAUAUUUGGAUUCCCUUGAUGAUGCAGUGCAGUGGCUGGGACCUCGCCUCGCCGCAGCAAACGCCGAGCAGUCCCUGGACAUCCGUCAAACAAAUCGACACAGCCAACCCCAUCCUCUUCCUCUCCAACACCUACGACCCGGUCACCCCGCUCCGUGCCGCAGUUAAGAUGGCGUUGAAGUUCAAGGGCGCCGGCUUGCUGGAGCAAGAGGCACCGGGGCACUGCACCAUCUCGGCCGCGUCGAGGUGCACCGCCAAUGUGGUUAGGGAGUAUUUAGCAACAGGCGAGGUUCCACAGCCGCCAAAGGGGGUCAACGACCAGUAUCGUGGAGAGUGGAAACACUGUUCUGCGGACGAAUACCCAUGGGGCCCUAGCACCCGGGAGAUGCUUUCCGCCAUGUCAACCGAGGAGCGGAAGAUGGCGGAAGGGUGGGGCAGGGUGAGAAAGGCCCUGGAGAACAUCCGGAAGAACAUUGAACAGAGGAAAGGUUUGGAUAAGGAAUUUAUUACGGGAAUCGCGAACCAGGCCAGUGGGACCUCGGGGGCGCGGGACGCCCCGAGCCAGUCGUUUCAGGAACCAAUUCAGGAGAGGCUGGAAGGUGCUCAGUGUGAUCAGGGAACGGGGAACAACGGGAAACUGAGCACACUGAGCAUGGAAGCCAUGCAGCCAAUCAGGACACAAGAACGGAAGUGA